GCAGUCGGGCUGUUCUUUCCGGCGGACCCACGUGGAUUUUUCGCUGUUCCUUCGAUUUGCAAUCCUUGUGACGUUGUUUCGGCUAGAGACAGCGACUUGUGUUCGGCCGGCACGGUCAUAGAGCGAGAAAAUGGCGAGGAAUUUGAAGAAAGAAGAUCUUCAGGACAAGCUGACGCGUAUAGCCAUUGUAUCGACGGACAAAUGCAAGCCGAAGAGAUGUCGCCAAGAAUGCAAGAAGUCCUGUCCGGUCGUCAGGAUGGGGAAGCUAUGUAUCGAAGUGACUCCCAACGACAAAAUCGCCGAGAUUUCCGAGAACCUCUGCAUCGGUUGCGGUAUCUGCAUCAAGAAAUGUCCUUUCGAGGCAAUUAUGAUAAUCAAUCUACCGUCGAACCUGGAGAAAGACACAACUCAUCGAUACAGCGCAAACUCUUUCAAGCUCCACAGAUUGCCGACGCCGAGACCCGGUGAAGUUCUCGGUCUUGUCGGAACUAAUGGUAUCGGUAAAUCUACAGCAUUGAAGAUCCUGGCAGGUAAACUCAAGCCGAACCUCGGUCGUUACAACGAUCCCCCCGACUGGACGGAGAUCUUGGCCUACUUCAGAGGGUCCGAACUGCAGAAUUACUUCACAAGGAUCCUCGAAGACGAUCUGAGAGCCGUCAUCAAGCCACAGUACGUCGACCAGAUACCCAAAGCAGUCAAGGGCACCGUCAGACAAUUACUCGAUAAGAAAGACGAAAUGGGUAAAAAGACGCACUUGGCAGACAUACUGGAGCUCAACAGCGUCAUGGACCGACAGAUUGGAGAUCUGUCCGGAGGCGAACUCCAGAGAUUCGCGACGGCCAUGGUGUGCAUCCAGCGCGGAGACAUUUUCAUGUUCGACGAGCCGUCGUCCUACCUCGAUGUCAAACAGCGUCUCAAAGCUGCCUUGGCGAUCCGGGGACAGAUCGAAGCAACGAAGUACGUGAUCGUUGUCGAACACGACUUAUCGGUCCUAGAUUAUCUGUCCGAUUUCAUCUGCUGCCUCUACGGUACUCCGGGCUGUUACGGAGUUGUCACCAUGCCGUUCUCGGUCCGUGAGGGUAUCAACAUCUUCCUCGACGGUUUCGUUCCCACGGAGAAUCUUCGAUUCCGGGAGUCUUCGUUAGUUUUCAAAGUGUCCGACAAUACCGGUGACGAAGACGUCAAGAGGAUCUGCCGUUACGAGUAUCCGACGAUGGUCAAGAUAAUGGGCGACUUCAAACUGCAGGUCAAAGGCGGAUCUUUCACCGACUCCGAGAUUAUCGUCAUGCUCGGUGAGAACGGCACAGGGAAAACGACUCUCAUCCGAAUGUUGGCCGGGAAACUCGCGCCCGACGGAGGCGAGACUGUACCGGCUCUGAACAUUUCGUAUAAGCCUCAGAAGAUUUCUCCAAAAACUCAAGGCACCGUCCGUUUCUUGCUGCACGAGAAGAUCCGUGACGCGUACCAGCAUCCACAGUUCGUUGCCGAUGUCAUGAAACCUCUGCUGAUCGAUAGCAUCAUCGACCAGGAAGUUCAGAACCUGUCAGGAGGAGAGUUGCAGCGAGUUGCGUUGGCCUUGGCGCUCGGCAAGCCAGCAGACGUCUACCUCAUCGACGAGCCCUCGGCCUACCUGGACUCAGAACAGCGUUUGGCCGCUGCUAAAGUCAUCAAGCGCUUCAUUCUUCACGCAAAGAAGACUGGAUUCGUGGUGGAGCACGAUUUCAUCAUGGCCACUUAUCUCGCCGAUCGCGUCAUCGUGUUCGAAGGAGUUCCCUCCGUCGACACGGUCGCAAACGCUCCACAAUCGUUAUUGGUAGGAAUGAACAGGUUCCUCGAGCUGCUGAAUAUUACCUUCCGUCGAGAUCCGAACAACUUCCGGCCGAGAAUAAACAAGCUCAACUCGGUCAAAGAUAGCGAACAGAAACGCAACGGAACGUAUUUCUUCCUUGAAGAUUAGAUAUUGAAUGUGAGAAAAAACGUUUGUCGUGACGAGAGCUCAGCUGGGAGGACCGGGACACCGGAUCAGCCUCACAGGAGUUGUGUAAUAAAUUUACUUUAAUU